GUUUUUAUCUCCGCUUCUCGUAUCAGAAGACAUGUGCUCAUUUUACCGGUGCAGAAAUUAUCAAGAAAUUUGUUAAAAAAUCAGUUUUUUUUUUGCUAUUUAGUCAAUUAGUUCAUCCCCUAGAAAUGGCACGUCGCCCUGAGCAUUUGGCUCCACCAGAAAUCUUCUACAACGAAGAUGAAGCCCGCAAAUACACAAACAAUACCCGCAUCAUCGACAUCCAGGUACAGAUGUGCGAACGGGCCAUCGAGCUGCUAGCGCUGCCGGAAGACGACACCCAUCUGAUCUUGGACAUCGGGUGCGGUUCGGGUCUGUCCGGCAGCGUACUGGAAGAGCAGGGUCACGUCUGGGUGGGCGUUGACAUCGCCAAGGCCAUGCUGGAUGUGGCCGUCGAGCGGGAAGUCGAAGGCGACCUCAUCCUGGGCGACAUGGGACAGGGAAUGCCAUUCAAGGCCGGUACCUUCGAUGGGGCCGUUUCGAUUUCGGCGCUGCAGUGGCUCUGCAAUGCCGACAAGAAAUCGCACGAACCGCACAAGAGAUUGUACCAGUUCUUCAGCACACUGUUUUCCUCAUUGACACGAAACGCCCGGGCAGUGUUUCAGUUCUACCCGGAGAACUCCGAUCAAAUCGAACUGGUGACAACGCAGGCAAUGAAGGCCGGCUUCUACGGUGGCCUAGUGGUGGACUACCCGAAUUCGUCCAAGGCGAAGAAAUACUUUCUGGUGCUGAUGACGGGUGGAAUGGUAAAACUGCCGGCAGCGCUCGGAACAGACGAGGAUUCGAGCCAAAUUCCGUACAGUAGAAAGCGCGAGUUGGCACGUAACGCUCGCGGAAAGCCCCUGAAGAAAUCCCGAGAGUGGGUUCUGCAGAAGAAGGAACGCCGGCGUCAGCAAGGAAAUGAUACCCGAACCGAUUCGAGGUAUACCGCGAGGAAACGAAGUGGCCGUUUCUAAGGUAGGUGGAGGUGUACGGUUUUUGUAUAAAUUAUUAUAAAUGAAA